GCAGACUGCUUCUCACAUCUGUACUGCGCAUCUGUCCACAGCGACGUCUGAACAGCUGCUCACGCUCUCUCACCUGUCUGGACCAGUAGGUUAAACAGUAUAACUGACUCAGCUCAGAAGAUCAUUUUUCCAUCAUGAACACCAAGCUAACCAAAAGCAGGCAGAGAGCCAUCUGCUCUGAGCUGGGGAGAGUCAGGCUGCAGCUGCUGUACAAGGCCAGCGUCCACGGCUUCACCGGUGAAGCAUUUCACCAACAAUGUGACCACCGCUCUCCCACUGUGUCCGUGGGCUACAACAACUCUGGUUUUGUGUUUGGAGGCUACACCAAACAACCUUUUAAUCAGUCUGGAGGGUUUGUGAAUGAUGAUAAAGCUUUUCUUUUUACCUUCACUGGGGAGCAGCUCCUCAAGUAUCCCGUCACUGGUCCUGAAAAUGCAGUGAAAAUGAUCGGAAACUCUGGACCUUAUUUUGGAGAAGCACUGGUUCUUGUCCAUGGAAGCAAACCAGUAGCGUACAGCAGUCCAGGAGAUGAUUACAACUUCACGGCUGAAGAGAUGCAUGGCAAUGAUCUCAACCUGACAGAGUGUGAAGUCUACCAAGUGGAGGAAAGCACUGAACUUGAGAGGCCAUGGAGGACGAUAAUGUGGGAGUCUGAGAAGAGGGAGGAGCUGAUUGAGAGCAUUAAGAGCUACAAACCCACAGUCAGCUCUGUGACCCAGGCUCGGGUUUUGCUCAUCGGACCAGUCGGAGCUGGAAAGUCCAGCUUCUUUAACUCUGUCAACUCUGUAUUCAGAGGCCACGUCACCAGCCAGGCCAUAUCUGGCUCCUCCUCCACCAGCCUCACCACACAGUUUCGCUCGUACUCUGUGAAAGCUGGGCGUGAAGGGAAACCUCUGCCGAUAAUCUUGUGCGAUACGAUGGGGCUGGAGGAGAGCAAAGGGGCGGGGCUUGACAUUGAUGACCUGAACAGCAUCCUCAAAGGUCACCUGCCCGACUGUUAUCAGUUCAACCCUUCAGCUCCUCUGCAUCCUGAGGCCCACGGCUAUCGCAAGUCUCCUGGACUUAAACACAAGAUCCACUCUGUGGUUUAUGUCAUUGAUAGCUGUAAGAUCUCCAUCAUGCCCACGGGGCUGGAGGAGAAACUGGACGCCAUCCGCAGAAAGGUCAACUUAAUGGGUAUUCCUCAGCUGGUGCUCCUCACUAAAGUAGAUGAAGCCUGCCCACUGGUGAAAGAGGAUGUGAGAAACAUUUACAAGAGUGGCUACAUUAAGGACAUGAUGCAGGAGGUCGGCUCCCGGCUCGGCGUGCCGUUGUCCUGCAUCAUUCCGGUGAAGAACUACAGCGAGGAGUUGGAGGUGGACACUGACUGUGACAUCUUGUUGCUCAGCGCCGUCAUUCAGAUGCUUCGCUUUGUUGAUAAUUACUUUGAUGAGCUCAGUGACCGAAUGAGCAACAUGCAAACCAAAGAGGUGUGCCCCACCUCUCGCCCUAUGACAGCUGGGAUAGACCCGAGCACCUCCGCCUUCCCGACAAGGAUAAGCACGGACGGUUCUGCCGGAUGGAGCCUCUAGCCUGGACGGGAUCCACAAUAACACGUUACAUGAUACCGAGUGUGGUUGAUCACGUAAACUCUUUCGCUGGCCUAAAAGCCAGUAAGCCAAUAUGGAAUCCAGGUAGUGUCACAUGGGGAAGUGCCGUCGUCGCUUCGUGGGAUUUGAGUAUUAUUCUUAUAGGUUUGUUAGAUUUACUGAUCAUUGUUUCCAAGUCUUUGAUUUCCGUUUCUACUUCAUGGUUGUUCGCGUGGUAGAGUUGAUCUUUUUCUCCCUCUGCUCGACUUUGAAGGUGGAGAUCCUUCACCGUGCUUUUUUUUUGUUUUGUUUUUUUCUUUCUCCCCCUGCUAAUGGUUGUAUGUGCUUGAGUCGUUAAUCUUUCUCCUCGUUUCAGUUCUGGUCUUUGUUCCUUAGAUUCCUGCUUCGGGUUGCUGCUGUGUACGUUUUGGGUUUGCAACAAUAAAGGUUGUUGAGCAGUUUGG